AUGCCUUUAAGCACCCCCAGCGCCAGACACCUUCUCCACGACCGGCUCUUUUACGGCCACCUGAACGUCAUGUUGCACCACAUCUCCACCACCAAAACAACCCAUUCCACACCGCUGAAAAACACCCAUUCGUUCCACCCGCGCCUCCGUGCGGUGAUGUCGCAGUUAGAUAUGAUUGCGCCGCGGUUUGUGCUCAACAAGGGCGACGUCGAGAUCAUCACCAGUCCGGUGGAGUUCUAUGAGCGCCUCAAGCUCAAGAUCGCGCACGCGGAAAAGCGCGUGUUUUUGUCCUCCUUGUACAUCGGAAAGACGCAGCACGAGUUGGUGGCCACCAUCACGGACGCUUUACGUGCGAAGCCCGAGCUCCGCGUGUACAUCCUCACUGACGCGUUACGCGGAACCAGAGAAGCGCCGCAGCACAGCUCAGCGUCGCUCCUCUCACCGCUCACGGAGGAGUUUGGCAACCGUGUGGACAUCCGCAUGUACCAUACGCCGCACUUGAACGGGGUCAAAAAGUCGCUCCUUCCUGUGCGCAUCAACGAGGGCUGGGGCCUCCAGCACAUGAAGAUGUACGGGUUUGACGACGAGAUCAUCAUGAGCGGCGCUAACUUGUCGUCUGAUUACUUUACAGACAGACAGGAUCGCUACUACCACUUCAAGUCGCAGACCUUGACCGACUACUACUUUUCCAUCCAGCAGGCGGUCAGCUCGUUGUCCUACCGGAUUUACGCUUCCGCCAGCGAAAGCAAGUUCCGUAUGAGCUGGCCCACCUCCAACGCCUCCAGCGAGCCGCACUUGAAUAUGCAGCGCUUCUUGUCGGACGCGCUGUUGCUCCUUGAGCCGUUGCUCAAGCCGCGUAACUUGGCGCCGUUCGAGGACAAGGAUGAGGGCAGCCCCACCACCGUCGUGUACCCGGUUUCGCAGUUCACCCCACUCUUGGUGCCCGACCACUCCACCGAAAAGCCCGCCGUGUUGCGCCUUCUUUCGUUGUUGGACUCGCCAAAGAUCCAGUGGACCUUUACCGCAGGCUACUUCAACAUGCACCCGGAAAUUAAGAAGCGGUUGAUCAACUCGCGCGCCAUCGGGAACGUUAUCACCGCCGCCCCCAAGGCUAACGGGUUCUACAAGUCCGGUGGUAUCUCCUACUAUCUCCCAGAAGCGUAUCUUUUGUUGUCCAAAAAGUUCUUGGUCGACGUGCACGCUAACCAGAAGGAGGCGACCAUCUCCCUCAACGAGUGGCAGCGUGGUAUCGUCAACACGCCCAAUGGCUGGUCCUAUCACGCCAAGGGUUUGUGGAUUUCGGUUCCAGACGAGACUAGGCCGUCUGUCACGAUGAUCGGGUCGUCCAACUACACCCGAAGGGCCUAUUCGCUUGAUUUGGAGAGCAACGCGAUUGUGGUCACCAAGGACGAAGAGUUGAAGGCGCAGAUGGCCAACGAGGUUGAGAACUUGAUGCUGCACACGAAGCGUGUGACCCUUGAGGACUUUGAGAAGGACGAGGAGAGACAGAUUAGCCAGUGGGUUCAGGUAGCGACCAAGUUGGUCGGGCGCAAGCUAUAGGACGGCUAAUUUCGGUUACGGUUUUUUAUUUUUUAUUGCAUCAGCGCAUAACAUAUCCUUUUGCUGUAUAUAUAGUUUCAAUAGACUUUCAGAUUAGAUGGAGUGAGGAGG